AUGUCCGCCGUUAUCCAGAAGCCAGCCCCAUCUUUCAAAAAGACCGCCGUCGUCGACGGUGUUUUCGAGGAGGUCUCCCUCGAGCAGUACAAGGGCAAGUGGGUCCUCUUGGCCUUCAUCCCAUUGGCUUUCACCUUCGUUUGCCCAACUGAGAUCAUCGCCUACUCUGACGCUGUCAAGAAGUUUGCUGAGAAGGAUGUUGAGGUUUUGUUCGCCUCCACCGACUCUGAGUACUCCCUCCUUGCCUGGACCAACGUUGCCAGAAAGGACGGUGGCUUGGGCCCAGUCAACAUCCCAUUGCUCGCUGACACCAACCACUCUCUUUCCAGAGACUACGGUGUGUUGAUCGAGGAGGAGGGUGUUGCCCUCAGAGGUAUCUUCCUCAUUGACCCUAAGGGUGUCUUGAGACAGAUCACCAUCAACGACUUGCCUGUCGGUAGAUCCGUCGACGAGUCCUUGAGAUUGGUUGACGCCUUCCAGUUCACCGAGAAGUACGGUGAGGUCUGCCCAGCCAACUGGUCCGAGGGUGCUGAGACCAUCAAGCCUGACGUGAAGAACUCCAAGGAGUACUUCGGCAAGGUGAACAAGUAA